GACUCCCAAGUGGCUCCGUCGGAUUCGCUCCCUUGCAGCUCCUGAAACGGGGCCCAUGACCUCCGCCUGACUCAGCGCAGCCAAGUACCCGCGCCAUAGUGCAGGCGGGUCUCAGGAUCCCAGCAGCCCCUCUCCGUGCUUCUACCCUCGGGUAGGCCCGGGUGACUCCGCGCAUGCGUUCUCUGGGCGACGUGGGUAAGUACCCGUGAGCGUCGCUGGUCACAGAGUUGCAGAGGUGCGGAGUUGGGGAGGCAACGGCGGCAUUUUCCCGCGCUUUUUCUUAUCGCCUCAGGAUUCCUUUCUGCAUCUGAAGACCUCACUAUUCCAUUAUGUCUAUGUGUGAAGACAUGCUGCUUUGUAAUUAUCGUAAAUGUCGCAUUAAACUCUCUGGUUAUGCAUGGGUCACUGCCUGCUCACAUAUUUUCUGUGAUCAGCAUGGCAGUGGUGAGUUCAGUCGUUCACCAGCUAUCUGCCCUGCUUGCAGCAGUACCCUUUCUGGAAAGCUAGAUAUUGUCCGCACAGAACUUAGCCCAUCAGAGGAAUAUAAAGCCAUGGUAUUGGCAGGACUGCGACCAGAGAUUGUGUUGGACAUUAGCUCCCGAGCAUUGGCCUUCUGGACAUAUCAGGUACAUCAGGAGCGUCUCUAUCAAGAAUACAAUUUCAGCAAGGCUGAGGGCCAUCUGAAACAGAUGGAGAAGAUAUAUACUCAGCAGAUACAGAGCAAGGAUGUAGAAUUGACCUCUAUGAAAGGGGAGGUUACUUCCAUGAAGAAAGUGCUAGAAGAAUACAAGAAAAAGUUCAGUGACAUCUCUGAGAAACUUAUGGAGCGCAAUCGCCAAUAUCAAAAGCUCCAGGGCCUCUAUGAUAGCCUUAGGCUACGAAACAUCACUAUUGCUAACCAAGAAGCUACCCUCGAACCAUCCAUGAUCGCACAGUCUGGUGUUUUUGGCUUCCCAUUAGGGAACACCUCCAAGUUUCCCUUGGACAAUACACCAAUUCGAAAUCGCGGUGGUGGAGAUGGAGAUUUUCAGUUCCGACCGUUUUUUGUGGGUUCUCCCACAGCACCCGAACCCAGUAACAGCUUUUUUAGUUUUGCCUCCCCAAGUCGUGAAUUAGAGCAACAGCAAGUCUCUAGCAGGGCCUUCAAAGUAAAAAGAAUUUAGCUCACUUUACAGAAUGAUUCUCUGUUCACUCUCAGUGAUUUCAUUUAGCAAAUGAUCUUCAUUCUAGACAGAAGUUGCCAACCUCCUGCGCUGAGUCUCUGAAGUUGUCUUCAUGUUUUCAAUUUAUAAGAAAUUCAGUGCCAGUAUAGGGUGGCUUUAGAAUCUGGUUUCUUUGAUCUUUUUCUAUUCCUUGAAGCAUGAGCAUUAUGUUCGGUUAAUCUCAAUUUUAUUGUGAAUUGUUGAGUUUUGACCAAUAGUGAGAAGGUCACAAUAUAAAUUGACCUUAUUGGGAGUUUCCUAGAUCACUGUUUCCUGCUGGGCUGUUUCUGAUUGAGCUGUGAGUUUACACCUGUAUGUCUAUGUUUGUAUGUCACUUUGAGUUCUGGCAUUUAUGAAUAUAUGUAUAUGUAAAUGUGUUAAUUAACAUUUAUAUUUUGGUGUAUCUGUCAGUAUAUUUAUGUGAGCAUUUUGGUUUGGAAAAUGGGUUGGGUCUGUGCCUUGUUAUUUAGAGGUAUGCAUUUAUUUGAAUAUGUUUAUGUUUUUUCCUUGUAUUAAUUUCUUUGUUGUGCUCAUGUGAAUGAAUGAGAGUACAAUUUGAUGCGUGUGUGUUCAUUUCCUAUUUAUAUUUUAAAAAAUUCAGAUUGACAAGGUUAUUAUUUUAUAAAUUUGAUUUUUUUGGCAUUUCUAUUAAAAUAAAAUUAGUUCUUUAUCCCUUUGUCAGUUGUUGCCUUGGGUUUGCUUAUUUAGGAAUACACUUCUA